AUGAAUAUUAUAAAAGCUUUAGUUUUCUUAUCAUUCAUUAUUUCAUGCCAAUCUCAAUUAAUUCUUAUCAAGGAUUUUUUAGGUGGAGGUUGUAAUACAGUUUCAGGUGGAACCAUUUUAAAACAAUCAAAUUGUAUUGUUUACAAUGGAGUACCAUCAAUUUUUACAGUAACAGAGUCACAUGGUGGUAUUGUUCAAACAAAAUUUGAUGAUCAACUUUGUCAAGAAAAUAUCAUAGAUAAAACUUUUUAUAAAAUGAAUUUUUGUAAUACUACAAACUCAGAACAACCUUUCGAAGCAACAAUUACAAAAACUCUUAAUCUUCCAUAUAACACUAUUGUCUCGGUUGCAUACACUCAAAAACAGUGUAAUGGAAAUUUUAAUGAUUCAUUUACUUCAAUUAGCUAUCAAUUACUUGAUCAAUGUUCUACAAAUGGCACAUAUUCAUCAAAUUUAUCAUGCAAUGAAAUAGGAUCAACUGUUUACACUUACGAAGGACCAAUAUGCGGUGGUGCACCACUCUCUGUAGAUACCUAUCAAUUCCAAAGUUUCUGUGGUAAUGCCAACGAAGGUAAUAACAAUUACUUAGAAUUUUGUAAUGUUUAA